UCUUACUUCACACAAAGGCACCAUGGAGUCUGCCCUGACACUCCUUGCUGCUGUUACUUUCUUCCAAAUCUGCUCCUCUGGUCCUGUCAGCCAUCCAACCAACUGGCUCAGACAAUGCCGGGCCUCCACCAACCUCUCCGUCACAGCCUUGGAAGUCCUGCCAGGAGGAGGCUGGGACAACCUUCGUAACUUGGACAUGGGUCGAGUGAUGAACCUGAGCUACUUCCAGUGCCAAACCACUGAGGAUGGGCUCUACUUCAUCCCAGAUGAGGUGUUUGUCAUCCCACAGAAGCAGACUGGUGUGGAGACCAACUCUGAGAUAAUCAGCUCCUGGCAGGAGCAGAAAAGCACCACAUCUCACUCCAUAAAUUCUGACGUAUCCUUCUUCUCGAUACUUAAUGGCAAAUUCUCUGCCGAGAGCACAAGGAUGAAAUCACAUCAGGUUAAAGAUUCAUCAACAACAGCCAGAGUGCAGGUUCGCAACUUCCUCUACACAGUGAAAGCAUAUCCAGACUUCACAUUGGAUUCUCGCUUUGUUCAACAAACUAAAGAAAUUGCUGAUGCCAUUGAAAACAACCAGACAAUGAAUGCAGACUAUCUCUCUGAGAAGAUGGUACUGGACUAUGGAACACACGUUAUCACCAGUGUUGAUGCCGGGGCUUCUUUGGUGCAAGAAGACUACCUCCGUUCCUCUUAUGUCUCAGACAGUGCCUCAGAUAGCUCCACUGUUAAAGCUCAGGCUGGUUUAAAUUUUUUUGACAAAAUAAAGUUUGACAUUAGUAGUCAGUCGAGCCAACAAAGCUCAACACUAAAAACAUAUCAGUCCAACAUUCAGUACUCCAUUAUCCAAAGCCAUGGGGGCAUACCAUUUUAUCCUGGAAUCACUUUGCAGAAAUGGCAGGAAAGUACCAGGAAUAACCUGGUUGCUAUUGACCGUUCAGGAUUUCCCCUCCAUUAUUUCAUUAACAUUAAUACUAUUCCUGAUCUGCCACAACCUACCGUUGAUAAAGUAGCUAAUAAAGUAAAAGGUGCCAUAGAGCGCUACUACAAGAUCAACACCCGCCCUGGCUGCGUUGACAUCAGCUCCAAGAAUUUCAACUUUCAGGCCAAUGUUGAUGAUAAUUCCUGUGAGGGCCCAGCCACCAACCUCAGUUUUGGAGGGGUCUACCAGGAAUGUACAAAACUUAGCCAAGAUGCAGAUCCGCUUUGUAAUACACUGGCCCAGAAAAAUGUAGCGACAGGUGAUUUCUCCUGUCGUCCACCUUACACCCCAACUUUACUGCGAUCAGAAGUGAGACAGCAGGGAUACACCGCAUAUGAAUGCCACAGAGAAAGGUAUUCAUGUGGAUUGUUUGGGUUGUUCCAUUGUCACAGGCAGGUUUGUAAUGAUGUGUAUCGUGUUCGCUCAGCUCGUAUUGAUACAUACUGGUGUUCUGUAAAUGGAAAAGCACCAGAUAACUCGGGAUAUUUGUUUGGAGGAAUCUACAGUCCCUCUGCUUUGAACCCCAUCACCAAGUCUAAAAGCUGUCCUCCAAACUUCAUCCCAGUAAAAUUUCUGUCUGAUGGCCAAGUUUUUUGCAUGAGUAAUGACUAUGAAACUGGUACCAGAUACUCUGUACCAUUUGGAGGGCUCUUCAGCUGUGAAGCUGGUAACCCACUGGCUAAUAACCACAACAGAUGCCCUCCCAAAUUCAGCCAACACCUCGCUACAGUAAGCGAUGGAUGUGAAAUUCUUUACUGUGUCCAGUCUGGAUUAUUCACAGGGGGUGAGCUGCUACCAAUCCAUCUUCCUCCAUUCCGAAAAACUCCUCUUGUCAGUAUGCAAUCCACCAACACGGUGAUGGUGAUGACUGAAGGAGAAAAGAACUGGGUCAGGGUAGGGCAGACGAAAGCAUGGAGACUGGUCAAACAAGAGGAAAUCCAAGAACUCUCUAGGAAGUUCAACCCAGAACUUAAUCAGAUGUCAAGUGGAGAAAAAGCAGGAGUGGCAUUUGGAGUGAUGGGCUUGAUAGGACUGGUGGUCAUAGUUGUAGUGAUCGUUAUUAGAAGGAGAAAGUACUCUGGAUUUACAAGACGAGGAUAUGAGGUAAUAAGUGAAGAAAUUGAGACCAAUACAUCCCAAGAAGAGGCUUAAAACCAUAAAAUACACGUUUAGACCUUAUUUUUCACCACUCAAUGAUUGUCUCAGUGCUUUUGAUUUCCAAGAAAAAAAAUCACUUGUAUAAAGAAUUAUUUUUACAAGAUAUAAAAUAAAACCUUUUGGAUUUCUUUAUUUUUUCUUGUUAUAACUGAAAUCAGACUUCAGUGUUUUUAGUUGGUUAAAACGAAAACAAUAUUAACAAAAAGCUGUUUUGAGGUGUUAACCACAUGUAAAAAGUAUGGACAAUAAAACACAACUACAGUUACAGAAAUCAGAUCUAUUUAGUAUGAUUUUUCAUAUCAUAUGAUAUAUGAUUUAUCAUUCCAUAGGAUUUGAUAUGAUUUAUAUAAGAGAUUGCUUUAAAUGCUAGAGGUAGUCAAAAACAUAUUUAGUUAUAUGCUUCUGUAGCAAUUUUGUCUUUGCUGGUCAAACAAUGCCAAAACUAAAAUGUAUUUCUUUGUUUUUUUUUCUUGGAAUAUGUAUAUCAUAUUUUAUCACGAAUUGUUUGAGCUUUUUUUCAAAAUAAAGUUCACCUUUUCUCUAGGCAUUAAUAUCCAAGCCAACCAAUUAUGAACAAGACACAGUGGUGUAUUGUAUUUCUAUAUUUUCAGAAAAGUUUUCUGGGUUUAGGUUUUAAACCUCAGUAGUAUAAGUUUUAUCCAUGACAUUCAUCCAUAGCGAAGAUAUGUAGAAUACUCUGACAUUACUGCUUUAUUUUGAUACAGUGUACAUGUAUUGGAAAAACAUGUUUAAUUUUUGCAUAAUAAAGUUCUUUUCAAUAUAUUUACAGAUAUGGUUUGAUUUCAUAGGCUAGUUAAGGAUGAUGCAAAAAGAGGUCAAAUAGUUAAUGUGUGUUAUCAUGUGUUGAUCUUAAAACUAAGAUUACAAAACUGCUUACUCAUAAUUC